GGCGGCGGCGGCCGGGACCAGGCGGCGGCGGCGGCGGCGGCGGCGGCGCGGGGCGCUGGGGCUGAUGGCGGCGGCGGCCGGGCCCGGGGCGGCGCUGUCCCCGCGGCCGUGCGACAGCGACCCGGCCACUCCCGGCGCGCAGUCCCCGAAGGAUGAUAAUGAAGAUAAUUCCAAUGAUGGGACCCAACCAUCCAAAAGGAGGCGAAUGGGCUCGGGAGACAGCUCGAGGAGCUGUGAGACUUCAAGCCAGGACCUGGGCUUCAGUUACUAUCCAGCUGAAAAUCUGAUAGAGUACAAAUGGCCCCCUGAUGAAACCGGAGAGUACUACAUGCUUCAGGAGCAAGUCAGCGAGUACCUGGGCGUGACCUCCUUCAAGCGGAAAUAUCCAGAUUUAGAGAGACGAGAUCUGUCUCACAAGGAGAAGCUCUACCUGAGAGAGCUGAACGUCAUCACAGAGACUCAGUGCACCUUAGGUUUAACAGCAUUGCGCAGUGAUGAAGUGAUUGAUUUAAUGAUAAAAGAAUAUCCAGCCAAGCAUGCCGAAUAUUCCGUCAUUCUACAAGAGAAGGAACGUCAGCGAAUUACAGAUCAUUACAAAGAAUAUUCUCAAAUGCAACAACAGAACACUCAGAAAGUUGAAGCCAGCAAAGUGCCUGAGUACAUUAAGAAGGCUGCUAAAAAAGCAGCUGAGUUUAACAGCAACUUGAACCGGGAACGCAUGGAAGAAAGAAGAGCUUACUUUGACCUGCAGACGCACGUUAUCCAGGUUCCUCAAGGGAAGUACAGAGUAUUGCCGACAGAGCGGACAAAGGUCAGUUCUUACCCCGUGGCGCUCAUCCCCGGACAGUUCCAGGAGUAUUACAAGAGGUACUCGCCAGAUGAACUUCGGUACUUGCCACUGAACACAGCGCUGUACGAGCCCCCACUGGACCCUGAACUCCCUGCCCUGGAUAGUGACGGUGACUCGGAUGAUGCUGAAGAUGGUCGAGGUGACGAGAAACGGAAAAAUAAAGGCACCUCGGACAGCUCCUCGGGCAACGUGUCUGAAGGGGAGAGUCCCCCUGACAGCCAGGAGGACGCCUUCCAGGGAAGACAGAAGUCAAGAGACAAAGCUGCCACUCCAAGGAAAGAUGGCUCCAAGCGUUCUGUUCUGUCCAAGUCAGUUCCUGGGUACAAGCACAGGUACCAUGACCCAGAGAGACUUCUCAGUUUUGGCGGAUGGAGAGGCAGUGACAGAUGGGAUCACAGAAGUGCACUUAGAGCCGUCCUCACUGGGGUGCAGACACAGUGGGAAGGGUGUGCCAGGAGGGAAGGGCUCCGCAGAGGGCAGCUGCACUGCAGGACUCGAGUCGAGCAUGCGGUUCUCAUCCUUCUGUUGGGGGAGCAGGGUAUGAAAAUAUAUACGUAGGAGAUGUAGAAUAGUUAAUGGUGACAUUUUAUAUGUAUGUUUAACUUCCGUGAUAUUUAUUAUUUUGUAGAGACAUCUGUGAUUGUUUAGAGUUAUUGUUUUUAUCAUAUUUAUGUAUAAGGUUGACUUUUUAAAAUAAAUAAGCCAAAAAUUCUUUUUGAAUGCCUCUGUCAUCUUUUGCAAAGAAAGAUAACUAAAAAAAUAAAAACUGAAAAGAAUUAAGAGCAAAUUCUUCAGGCCUACCAGGAUUUGAAGGUGGCAAUGAGACAUUUCAAAGCUGGAAUAUGUUAUACAAAACUUGAGUUUUGUUUAGAUUACUCUUUGGUGCAGUAACUUAGGAAAAGGAUAUACCAGAUGGAUUUGGCAGUGCUGGAAUAAAGCAGAAAUGUGACAAUUCUACCUGAAACGGUCUCUUUUCCUGCCCCAUUUCCGUCUUGGGCCCCACUUCUCUUCCCCUCCUGCCAGUUUUUGUGCAUGAGUACAGCCUGGCCCUAUAGUCACGGCCGUGCUGCUCAGGGCCCUCCGGUCCUCAUGGUUUCACCUGAAGGGAACCCCUUUCCCUUUGUUCUUUCCCAUUUGAUGCCAAAUAGCGUUUAAAGCCCAGGUGCUGUGCGUGUUUUUAGUCUGAGAGAUGAGAGCUCACCAGAUAUGAGUAUGUGUGUUUCUUAGGUGACAACUUUUCCGCUUAUCUGAAACCGUGUCCUUCUGUUCUAGGCCUCAGAGCAAAUGCUCUUGUCUGUUAGCAUCAGCUCUUCUAAUUAUUAAAUAUGCAGAGAAUGAUCACAACUGUUUUCCACAGACAUUUAUGCAUAUGGUCAUGUUUGAGACAUCUUUCAACUAAAAAUGUUAAAAUAUAUAUAUAUUUUUUUAAAUAUCAAGUUAAACUUUGGUAAUGCCAGAUAUUUAAACAGCCAGUACAUAAAUUGCUUAAAACUCAGAUUAAUUUUCACGUAUUGGUCAUUUGGUGACGGGAAUUUUCUCUUCCUUUUAAUAGUGACAUUUGACUUUGUGUUUUGUUUUUCCUUCCAGUUCAUUAUACAGACAGUACUGUGUACGUCUUAAGUGAAGGCUGCUACAUUUAAUCUUAACACGAGAUUGUGCUGUUUACUAAAUAUUAAAUGAAUUCUAAGGCUUCAUCAAUACGCUGUUUUCUGUUCUGAGCAGACUCAUGCCCAGUGAUGUCUUUCACAAGGUCCUCAAUAGCAAGUUCCCAAAAGUAAAGAUAAGGCGAUAAAGUAGCAGUCCCCUGAGCCCACAGUAAGCUCCUGCAUGCAUUUACAGU